GAUGCAAAAACAGAAAUCUGUCGUGACCGAGCAUGACUACGAGAAAGACGUGGGUUCGAGUAUUCAGUGGAAUCGUUGGCUGCUAAUACCGAUCGGUGCUUGGCCAAAUUUUCGUAAAUCUAUGAUUGGAAAAUAUUUUUCUUCACUGAUUAACAUUCUUUGCUUCGGUUUGAUCGCGUUCAUGUUCGUAUCUUGUGGUCUGUACGCCCUCAUAGAAAUAGAGGAAUUGUAUCAUAAAAUCGAGUUGCUUGGUCCACUGAUCUUUUUCUUAAUGACGUUUAUAAAGUAUUAUCUUUUGAUACUUCACGAAAAUGACAUCCGCGAGGGGUGCAAACGCAUCGAAUGGGACUGGAAGAACAUCGAACAUCAAGAAGAUAGAAACAUCAUGACAGUGAACGCGAAUUACGGGCGAAGAUUAGCUGCCAUUUGCACCUUCUUCUUAUUUAGUGCUUUUGCAUUUCACUACAUCAUUGUACCAAUCAGCAUGGGUAAAGUGGUCGAUGAGAAUGGAAAUUUGAGCUUCGCCUCGUUACCCUUUCCUGUCCCGGGAUUUAUCGCUGAUGUGCGUUACAGUCCCUGUAAUGAAAUUUUCUACUUCAUCCAAACUCUAACAGGUGCCGUGAUGCAUACUGUAACAUCAGCGGCUUGCAGUAUCGCUGCUGUGUUCGCGGUACAUGCUUGCGGCCAAAUGAAAGUGAUGAUGAACUGGCUGGAAUAUCUGGUCGAUGGUCGACCCGAUAUGAGCAAUACCGUGAAUGGGAGGAUCGCUAAAAUUGUCAUUCAACACAACCGGAUACUGAAGCGAAUUUUAAAUUUUCCAAGUUCGACAUCUAUUCCGCCGUGUUAUAGCGGUUGCAAUUUAUAUUCAUCACAUUUCAGAUUUUUGGCGCUCACCGAAAAUGCUCUUCAACAAAUAUCUUUCGUAGAAUUUUUAGGCUGUAUGUUGAUUAUGUGCCUCCUCGGAUAUUAUCUUAUAAUGGAAUGGAAUUCGAAAGACAUAAUGCUUUCAAUAACUCACAUGGCCUUAAUGACAUCGUUCACUUUCAACAUUUUUAUAUUUUGUUAUAUAGGCGAAUUAGUUGCUGAGCAGUGCAAAAAAGUUGGUGAAAUGACAUAUAUGAUCGACUGGUAUCGAUUGACAGGAAAAAAAAAACUUGGCUGCAUUCUAAUCAUUGCAAUGUCCAAUUCGUCGAUAAAAUUCACUGCAGGAAAUAUGAUUGAAUUAUCUAUUAGUACUUUUAGCGAUGUGGUUAAAACGGCGAUGGCUUUCUUAAACAUGUUACGAGCAUUGACUUGAACAUUUGAAUAAUAUAACCAUUUAUUCUUGGUAAUAUAUAGAAAUUUGUUAGAACUUUUGUGUCUAUAUAUGCUGUAUUAUAGAGUUAAUGAAACUAAUAUUUUCAGCAUAAUGAGAAAGUUUAGUAGCGUGAACAACAUGAUUUUAUUAUUUCUUGUAUUAGUCCCUUCAGUCUCGAUAUUUUGUAGAGUAACCCAUAAAUAUUCUAAUAUUUGAGUUCAGUAAAAUGCGUUUCAAUUUAAGUGCAAUAUAAUUAAGAAAGAAUGUAUUCCUUUUACCAAUAAUUUAGGGCUUUCUGGAGAAAAAUUAUAUCAGCGGUAAAUAUAUAUCUACCGAGUGUAUUUUCUAAUUAAUUAGACAAAUUUAUU